AUGCGUCGCCUGAUGAGCUUUAUGAUAUUCCUCUGCACCGGCCAGGCGCUCGCACUGAACAACGCCUACCUACCAGCCAGCAAUGAGUAUGCAACGCGUCGGCCUCUCGCCACGGAAUACUUCAGCUACAGUGCGCCACCGGAGGACGACCAGGGCUUAUCUCUGCAAGCAGCUCGCCAGCUGGCCAAGGCGUUUACGCCUCCGCAGCAGGUGAUCUUCAUACGCAAUCCAGAGUCGAAUAUCUUUACGCUGACAGCCAAGCAGCUGGCGGCAAGCAAUGCUUUGGAUAUUUAUGUGCUCCAGCGGCAAAUGGAUGCCACCGCUUUGGAGCAGGAGAAGGCAGCCAUUGAGCAACAGUUGGGCCUCAAGCCCAGCGUUCACUUUGUCAAGUAUCGAACGCCCACCGAUGUCAGUCGGGCCAUAAACAGCCUAAGAAGUAAAUACGAGCAGUUGCCGGGCAGAAGCUACAGCCAUGCCGUGGAAACGGCGAGUGUCAUUCGCCUCAACCCACCGCCGCACCCAGCGCAGCCAGAUCCAGUGGUGUUCAAGAUCUUGCCCAGGAGCAGCGCAGAGUACGAGACUCACGAGCAGGCGAACGAAGUGGAAGCCGCCAAGCUGCAGGCGCUGUUUCGGCAAUAUUUGCCCCCAGCGCGGCGGCGUUAG